GCUGAUUCCAAUGGCGGCAGAGCGAGAGUUGGAUUCCUCUGAGCUUCCUGGUUCGGAGGCGCUCCUGGACGCCGUGCUGCGGACCCUCUACGACCUGGGAGAGACAGAAGGUGAAACAGAGCAGAAAAGGACCAGAAAGAAGAAGGAAAAGAAGAGAGACUCGGAGACGGUGGCAGACAGGGCAGCAGAACCGCUUCCCCUGCCUGCGUCUCCUGGGCGAGACCAGAGGAAGAGCGCUUCCAGCUUUUUCAAGAAGCUCAGGGAAGAACUGCAGUCUGCUCCCGCUGCCCCUUCAGAAGUCCCCGCUGCUACGACUGCAGUCUCCCUCUUUCCCCUAGAGAACGACAGCAAGCUAGUGGAAGUGGUAGAGUUCCACAGCAGAAGUGAAAAAAGAAAACCAAAGUCAGAGGAAGAUAAACCGGCAAAGAAUAAAACAAAGGUCCUUGAAAAAGAUGUGGUUAUUCAGGAAUUUAACCUAGAAAAGGCUCGUCUGGAAGUACACCGCUUUGGGAUCACAGGCUAUGGCAAAGGAAAAGAAAGAGUCCUGGAGCGGGAGCGGGCCAUCAUGCUGGGGGCUAAGCCUCCCAAAAACACUUACGUGAAUUACAAGGUUUUGCAGGAGCAAAUCAAAGAAAAGAGGACCUCAAUGGAAGAAGAAAAGAGAGCGGCCCAGGAGACAGACAUUUUCAAGAGAAAGAAGAGGAAAGGGAGAAGUCAGGAGGACAGGAGAUCCAAGAAGUUGGCUCCCAGCAUUUUGUCAAGUGGACGGGCUGCACAAGUUGGAAAAUUUAGAAAUGGGACAUUGAUUCUAAGCCCCGCCGAUAUCAAGAAAAUCAAUUCUUCCAGGGUAUCCAAAUGAAGUCCCUGUCAGCUCCAGAGAGGAGCAGGAACAGUGGCAGUGCGAAGGCACAGGACCUGCUGACCCUGUGGCUGCUCACUCUUGUUCCACAGGGUCUUUCUCGUUUGAGCAGUGAGUCUGUGGGCAGGCAGCGACCCUGCGGAGUGCGGGGCUGUGCCCGGGCUCCCCUCCUGUUGCAGGUUGCUGCUGUUGGCACACUGGUCACUCUCCACUUUUAAUUUCACUGUCUCUGUGAAUGGGGUUGAAGUGCCUUUUGGACUCAUGAAGACACUGACUGCACUUGUUAUCCAUUGGCUCUGUGGGAGUCAGCCUGACACGCGUGUGAGUCCACAUUGUAAGAAUUUCCAAAACUACACCUCUGUAAUAGGAGUAACUGGCUGUUAGGUAACACACAGGUGAUUCUGACAGGGUCCCCAAACCUACUUGCAGCUGUAAUCUCCCUCACAAGGCCAUUUUACAGUGAUGUCACCCCUGCCUGGAUGUCAGCAUCUCCUCAGAGACUGAGAUUCAUUAAAGGGAACUCUCUGGUGACAGGAACAAUUUUGAUAUUUCCCAUCCGAGGAGUGUCUUGUCCAGCAAGCUGUGCACACAGGUUUAAAAACCUGCAGGUUGUGGCCGGCCAUAGGACGUUGUCAUAAUGCGCUGAGAGCAUUGCCAAAACAACCCACAAGAUGAAAUCUAAUUUGUUGGAUAAUUUAAAUGAUGUUUUUAAGCUUAUUUAUUUGUAAGCAAGGGCAUAUUGCCACAGUGCUUGUGUGGAAGUCACGGGGUCUGGUUCUCCCAGCAUGCGGGUCCCAGGAAUCAAAUUUGGGUGUCAGGCUUGGCAGCAAACACCUUCACCUGCUCACCCCAUCAGCAGCCCCAUUUAGAAGAUCGUAACAGGACAGCACUAGGGAGAGACCUCAGAGCAUGGAGGAGCUAUGGAAGGUCACUGCAUCAGCUGACACCAUCUUCUCAAGGAGAGCCUGGGGGCUGCGGAGUACCACCGCCAUGAGCCAGCAGGGCUUAGACAGCUGAGGACUGCCAGCUUGGACCAGAGGCCCAGAAUAAGUAACUAGCUUUGGUUUCUGCUUUGUAAUGUAUUGUGUAAAUAUUUCUGCUCAAACCUUAAGGAAGGCAGAGAAGUCUACUGACCACCAAGUAUUGUAGAAACACCUCAGAGGACAAAAUGAUCCACAAACAGCUCUGUUCUGAGUGCAGAGGACCAAGCCUAAGUCCGUGCUCUGGAUGAAGGUUUCCUCCAGCAAAAUUAACUACAGCAGUGCUUCUCAGAUAUUUACAGUUUUCAGCUUAUUACAAUGGAAAACUUACAGUGAUGAAACAGUUUUGUGGUUGUGGGGACGCGUCAUCACAACACGAGGAACUGAGUUAAAGGGUCGCAGCAUUAGGAAGGGCGAGAACGGCCUGCUCUAUGGAAAGCCAUCCUAAGGGAAACAGCCAUGCCUGAGUUCUUGCUCUGGCCACAGCACAGGACCUGGCUUCAGUCACCUCAGGGUUUGGCCCACACAGCUGUGCAGGACACAUGAAUAGGCAGGGCUUGCUGAGAUGGAAGUGGCCUACACAGGAAAGGACCACACUGUGAAUCCUGACUGGCCAGAUGCUCUCUUAGCCAAUACUGACUUGGAUCUCGGUGGCAAAGGAGCACUGUCCUGAUCCCAAAUCAGAUUGACAGGAAGCUGACAUUGCCCUAACUGCACCCAUCACACUCCCAGGGCCAGAGGCAGCACCUGCCCCAGUGCUUGGUGGUAGUCAUGUGUCUGCCUCCUUAACUGCUGUGACUUCUCCCUCCCCCUGCAUAGUCCACCUACCUCCUCCACUCAGGCCUUACUGGAAUCCACACCACUCUUGUACCCACCUUACUACCCCAUCAUCCACAGCAAGCUUCUGUGCCCACCACGGCCUUGACUGUAUCUUCCGCCAUACCGACUCAGGGCCACCUGCACAUGUUCAUGUAUGUGCACGUGCAUACAUGUGUUCAGGUUCACAUGCACAUGUGUGGAGGAGACUAGAGGGUAGCCUCAGCUGCCGUCCCUUAGGUACUGUCUGCCUGGCUGUUUGGUUUUAGGUUUGUGUAGGUGUCUCUACCUGCCAUGUAUGUCUGUGUAUCACUUGCAUGCUUGGUGUUCAGGGAGGCCGGAGGAGGUGACGGACCCCAUGGAACUGGAACCACAGAUGGUUGUAAGCCGCCGUGUGGUGCUGGGAAUGGAACUCGGAACUCGGAGCCACUACUGCUCUUUGCUGCGCUUUUUCUCCAGUUCCCUACCUUGCAUUUCAAGACUGUCUCUCAGUCACCUGGAGCUAAGGAAGUAGGACAGGCUGGCAAGCCAGUGAGCUCCUGGGACCUGCCUGUCUCCAGCACGGGAACUCGAGCUCUGGCCGUUGCUUAGAUCACUGUAUUAAGAUGCCCUUCAGAGGGUGAGAAAGCCCAGAGCAUUUUACAUGCUUAGGAUUUUGACUGUUACCAUGCUUGAGUUAGAACUCAGAAAAGCAGGCAGGCUAAACUGAAGAUCUCCAAGCAGUUUGCCCGUCACAUUUUUAAAUGUGAGUUUUAAGGACUAGAACUGUGAUUUUUAUGCUCACACAGCAUGCACAUUGACUGAGCUAUUACCCCAGCCCUCCCUAGUCACCUCUUACUAGUCAGAAAGUGGAUAUAUAUAAGAAAGACACAGGCAGUCCUGAAAGACACUGAAUUUGUUAGGGGAUCCUCAGCUUUCCUCCACGAGAAGUUCUCAGCCCUUAGAGCUAAUCUUCAAUUAGCAUGCAGCAGUAGCCUGUAGCUAUUGCUUAACUAGGCCCAGCUUCAAUCAGAAAUAUUCAAGGUUUGUGUAUGGUAGGGCGUUGUGAUUGUCUUAGGGUGGUCUUUUGAUCCCCGCCCCAAAGAGAUUCUCCCGGCCCUAAACAAGUUUUUACAGAAUCUAAAGUUCACAAGUUUCUAGUUAAGACAGUUUGGCGUUUAGCAAACAGAACCUGCUAUCUACAUGGGCGUCAGUGGUGGCCAGUUCUCAAGGGAGGAGAGGAUCUGUGACCCUUUCCAGAAAGGAGGAGGGGCAAGCAGGUUCAGAGCAGAAGCCAGUGGUUCCAGCCUGCUGCGCUGUCUCAGCUCAGUUUGCCAUUCUGGUUUUUUUAAUCUGUUUAUUUCAUAAUAAAUCAUUUCAUUAAAAAACA